AUGUCGUCGACAACUGGCGCUCUGAAUAGCGCUUUUGUGACGCCGGAGAGUAGCACCCUAGUCGCGUCGGCAAUUUCAAAUAUAACUUCAUCAUUUACUUUUAACAGACAUAAAACCCGAUUAGAAUUAGUAAGGAUAUCUGCAGCCGUGAUGGGAAUCGAGUUUUCGUAUGCAGCGGAAACAGCGUUUGUUUCACCAACUUUAUUGAAAAUCGGCAUUGAGCAUCAACACAUGACGUUGGUUUGGGCAUUAUCACCUUUAAUUGGAUUCUUUGCUUGCCCUUUCUUAGGUUCAAUGAGCGAUCGCUGCAAGCUAAAUUUAGGUCGAAGAAGGCCAUUCAUAGUAUUACUAUCCAUGGGAGUUAUUUUUGGACUUCUCUUAAUUCCUAAUGGCGAAAGUUUAGGAUACUGGUUUGGGGAUAACUAUCAAGAACCACAAACCUCAACAAUCAAUACCAGAAACGGAAGUAUAAAUUUACAUCGCGUUACUGCUUCAGAAAAUAUAGUAAACUUUCAAUCAAUAAAUAAACAUCCAUGGGGAAUAUUUUUCACAGUAUUGGGAACUGUACUUCUUGACUUCGAUGCGGAUGCAUGCCAAAGCCCAGCUCGAGCCUAUUUACUUGAUAUAUGCCUUCCAGAGGAUCAUGUCAGAGGUCUUUCUACUUUUACCAUAAUGGCAGGCUUGGGUGGCUUCAUGGGUUAUUCCAUGGGAGCUAUCGACUGGGAUAAAACAAAUAUUGGAAAAAAGCUUGGCGGACAUGUGAAAACGGUUUUUACAAUGGUCACCUUCAUUUUUACCUUUUGUGUAACAUUGACAAUUACAAGCUUCAGGGAAAUUCCAUUAUGGGUGCUUGCCGAAUCUAAAUAUGGUAAGGUUAAAGGAGUAGACUCAGACGACAUAAAUAUGGGAACAUAUGAUGCCAAUAAUCAAAUUACUCAUGCCAGUGAGGUGGUUCAAAGCUGUUGUCUACUUCCCAAAAUGACCGCACUAUGUCAUGAGUGCAUCGAUGAUCUAUUUCCCAAUCAAGUGAAUUUGUUGCUGUAG